AUGAUACAAGACUAUGAGAUCUCCUUGGAUCAAAUCAAUGCCAUUGUGGGAGCCCCAACGGAAAACACAUUUGGUCCCACUGACCCAAUACAAGGAUACUAUGACAUGACUUGGUGGACCCAGCUCACCCAAUUACACCCAUAUGUCUCUAGAGCUGCUAAAGCCUCAUCACUUAUCCAUCCUGUGAUUAAGGUAGCUCACAGAAUCAUUGCUUUGCUCGUCGCCCCUAGAGAGGAGCGAAGCACCAUUAGCGUGCUGGAACUUAAAAUCCUUUAUGCAAUGACCCAUCCCGAGAAUGACCUCAUUCCUCAUUAUGGUCGGUUUUUGUCCCACAAGCUCAUCCGCCUUAGCACAUCCCGAUCGGGAAAGAUUGUUUGCGGGGGUAUUGUUAGCAUGCUCGCCAAGAGCGCCCACAUCCGAGCCCCAUACCCUGGUCCCCACCAGCCACUGCCGGGUGAGCCUUAUCUCACCACUACUGUCCUUGAGUCCAUGCGACUCUUCCGCUCGGCAGGCGAUGGCACACACCAUUGGACCGUGGGUCAAAAUCAUGAUCCCAAGCUCCUCAUCACACCAGAAAAUAAAGGCAUUCUUGAUUUCCGAGAUCCCAUUCAUAUGACCGAUUGGCAAAUCAUUCCAUACAUCUUCCCCCACUCUUAUUCCACCGAGGUAGAUGAGCAAAGCGAAGAAAACAAGGAAGAUGGUGAUGAUGAUGAAGAAGAGGAGGAGCCUCACCAUGCUUCUCCCACCGGUGGUGGCAGCUCAUCCCAUUUUGCUGCACCCCCGCCUUAUCAUCAACAAUAUAUGGACGAAUUCCAAUCAAUCCAUACCCGCCUCGACACCUAUCAGCAGGUUAUUACCAGCCUGACCCAAAAAUUUUCCACCUUCACCACCCAGUACGCUCGGGAUCAAGAGCGUCAAUGCAAACAUGAGGAGGACUUCUGGGCUUGGACCCGAAACCCCAGCUACUAUCCUCCUCCUCCACCUCCGUUUUAG